AUGGUUUGUCCACGUGAGCUGUAUUAUUCACUUACACUUCUGUCUACGAUGUUGGCAUUCGUAUCAGUAACGUUAAUUAUUUCACGUUACGUAUGGACAAGUAAUACAAAAUUAAUCAUUGCAUUUUCAUUCAUGUCUAUUGCGCUUUUUUUUCAAAUUAUUAAUUUAAUUUGUGAAACAUUCAAAUGUUUACGUAUUCAAAUUGCACCAAUUUUUACAAUUGUCUUUCAUGGGAUAUCAGUUAUCACCCCACUGAUAACAUUAAUAAUGCUUCUUAUUGUAAUCAUAAAACAGGAAAAUCCGGAAACACUAUGCGGUCCAUUUAAGUAUUCCGAAGUACUUAUCACUGCUACAUGCUACACAUUUGGAUCAAUAUUAUUAGCUGGAAUAUUAAUUUUGAUUAUUUUUUUUUGUCAACCACCAAUUGAGAUCACUUCAUCUUUAGAAAGGAAAAUCAAAGAAUUAAACAACAGUAUUCGAAAUAAAACAAAUGUUAAUGUUAAAAUAUAA